CUUCGGUCCCUCCGGCGCCAACCACCACGAAGAAACGUUUCCUCGACCCCCCGCAACACAGAACCUCAUCAUAACUCCGUCCCUGAGAAACCCCAUGCUCCAGCGACCAACCCACAGCCGGCUCCCACAGUGCCUGGCCCGGUCGCAUCGACCACCGCCCCCGCCCCCGCCCCCGGAUCGGUAUCCGCAUCGCUAGCAUUUAUCCAGAGAAUCCAGGCUGGCCCCGUUGGACGAGUGGCGCGAGCGUAUGCGCGCGUGCAGGAGAGACGACCCUACCGGACGCAAGUGAUCAGUACGAUUGUGGUGUAUCUGUGUGGUGAUCUGGGUGCGCAGUUGUUGUUUCCGCCGGAUAAUGGUUCAUCCCGGGAGGAGCAGACGGGUGAUCAGAAGGAAGAAGCAGGGAGUAACAGUGGAGGAGGAGUUGGAGGAGGGUAUGAUCCGUGGCGGACGGUGCGGCAUCUGACGGUGGGAGUGGGAAGUGCGAUUCCGACGUAUAAAUGGUUCAUGUUCCUGCACCACAACUUCAACUACUCGUCCAAGUUCCUCUCCAUCCUGACCAAGGUCUGCGUGCAGCAGGCGGUGUUUACUCCCGUGUUCAAUACCUAUUUCUUCGGUCUGCAGUCGUUGAUGACGGGCAAGUCGUUGGAGGAGACCUUCGAACGGCUCAAGGUCGCUUUGCCGACGAGUAUUUCGAAUAGCGUGAAGCUGUGGCCGGCCGUUACGGCGUUCAGCUUCAUGUAUGUGGGGCCUCAGUUCCGGAGUAUCUUUUCCGGUGUCAUUGCUGUUGGGUGGCAGACGUAUUUGAGUUGGUUGAAUCAGAAGGCGGCGCGCAAGGUCGAGGCA